GAGAGAGAGAGAGAGAGAGAUGGGCAGCGUACUUGUUUCUUCGUGCCGCGCUCUGCGAACUGCCUGCAACUGACACUUCUCAUGGUUGACUGUGUGCUAAAACAGUGGACAAGCUAGAAGAGAUGAUUGGCUCGUACGGUCCGCGCGCCGAGGCCUACGUGAAGCAUUUCGCCAGCGAAGAGGCGCCUUCGGGCCUGCUGGCACGCUCGGGCACCAACACGGUGCGCACGCGCAUCGUCGACGAUGAUGGCGCCGUGUAUGCCGACUUGACGUGGAGCUUCAAGAUUGCAAAGGACUGGUGACAAAGUCCCCCCCC